AAAACACAGUUAAAGUAAUCAUCCUUAAAGAUUCUUUUUCUUUGAAUCUUAUCAACAAAACACUCUUAUACUUAGAAACUGAGGAGAGAGACGGAGAGGAGGAGGGAGAGACAGAAAGAGAAAGAAUGGAUUCAUCCAAAUCAUCUGCAUCACAAAGCACAGAAAGAGAAUGCUUCUCUUCCCAAGUGUUCUUAUGGACCAUUGCUGGGCUCUGCAUACUGCUACUGAGUGCCUGUUUUAUCACCAGAUGUGUUGUGACAUAUCACACCUUUCAGCUCUGUGAUGAGAAAAAGUUCCAGCCACCUGAGAAUUUCACGGAGUUCUCCUGCUAUAAUGAUGGAUUAGGUUCAGUCAAGAAUUGCUGUCCAUUGAACUGGGUACAUUUUCAAUCCAGCUGCUAUUUCUUUUCUACUAACACCAUGACCUGGUCAGCAAGCUCAAAAAACUGCUCGAGCAUGGGAGCUCAUCUGGUGGUUAUCAACACGCAGGAGGAGCAGGAAUUCCUUUACAAUAUGAAACCUAAAAGGAAAGAGUUUUAUAUUGGACUGACGGACCAGGUGACUGAGGGUCAGUGGCAAUGGGUAGAUGGUACACCUUUCACAAAGUCUCUGAGCUUCUGGGAUAAAGGAGAGCCCAACAACAUAGUUACAGUGGAGGACUGUGCCACCAUAAGAGACUCUUCAAAUCCAAGGCAAAAUUGGAAUGAUAUGCCCUGUUUCUUCAAUAUGUUUCGGAUUUGUGAAAUGCCAGAAAGAAAUAGUUGAAUAGAGAAAAAUCUCCAAGACAGAAGGCACAACGUAAACGUAUAAAUGAGAAGGAACAAACGAUAAUCACAGCCGCACAACUCUAACAUAAGAAAAGUGUGCAUUGCACUUUAUAAGGACUUCAUAAGUGUUUGUUGCUUUGGUGUAAAUAAAAAUACAUCGUUUUGAAUGUUAUAA